AAAUAUGGCGGAUAUUUGAAAAAGAAAAUGUGUUCUGCAAGACGACCGUUCAAAAUUUGCAAUCCCUUACGCAAUAAGCGUAAAGGUAUAGUUAUAGGAGAUCUUCAGGAGUUAAGGGAWAAAGCUUGCGGCGUAUUUGGUUUUGAAUUCUCAUCUUGUCGAGUUUUUAUUGAAAGUGAUGGCACAGAGAUAGACGAUGAGGAAUAUUUGAAUUCUCUACCAGAACAAACCKUGCUCAUGAUCACAAAUGGCGAGGAAUGGACAGCUAGUGACGACGUGCCUGCUCUUGGACAUCAAAAUAAUUCCUUCUCUGCAAGUCUAGAACAAAAUGAGAGCCUUGAAGUACAAGAUGACAUWGAYGCCGCUGAACCAGUCUCAGAUUUCCUACUCAAACAAAUCAAGAAAAAUCCACUGUAUUUCAUAUCAUUUUCAGAUGAGCAAUUGCUGUCAAUCAUYGAAUGUGAUGUCAGUUAUCUUGCGAGAGGACUGGUGAUGACAGAACAUGAAGCCGGAUUUUAUCAAGAUACUUGUCAAAGAGAGUUGGAUAAGAGAACUGAGAUGCARAGAGCUAGUGACUUGUUGAAACUUUACGACAAGGGAAUGCAAAUGGAAAAUGUUGAGCCACAAACUAAGAAACAAAAGACUUGAUAUAAAGAUUACUGUGCCCUUGAAAA